AUGGAUUCCAAUUCAAACGUUAAAUUGGUUCUCGGUGUCGCUGCCCUUGACCGUAAAGCGAGAUCAAAGCCAAUGCGCUCGAUACUCAAUAGAAUCAUGAAAAUAUCUAAUAUUGAGAUUUGCAUCUUUGGCGAUAAAGUCAUUCUCGACGAGGACGUUGAGAAUUGGCCCCUUUGCGAUUACUUGGUUAGCUUCUUUAGCGAUGGUUUCCCUCUCGAUAAGGCUAUCGACUAUGUCAACCUACGCAAACCUGUCUGUAUCAACGAUCUCACUAUGCAAAAACUUCUCUGGGAUAGAAGGCUUGUUCUCUCUAUCCUCGACUCCAUUGGCGUUGUGACCGCUGAACGCAUUAGUGUUGAUAGAGACGGUGGUCCUAACAUCGACCCUCAACUAGCUGAAGCUCUUCAAAAGGAUCUUGGUCUCUCUUUCCCCAAAAACCCUCACCAGCCAGUUGUCAAGUUGAGAGAAGACGGUGACGCAAUCAUUAUCGACGGCAUCGAACUCGAGAAGCCUUUUGUCGAGAAGCCAGUCAACGGCGAAGACCACAACAUACACAUCUACUUCCCUAUGUCUCAAGGCGGUGGUGCACGCAAAUUGUUCAGGAAAGUUGGCAACAAGUCAAGUGAAUACUACCCUGAAAUUCAAGAACCACGCUACGAAGGCUCGUUUAUAUAUGAAAAGUUCAUCAAUGUCGAUAACGCAGAGGAUGUCAAAGUAUACACUGUCGGUCCUAGCUUCGUACAUGCAGAAACACGCAAAUCGCCAGUAGUCGAUGGUAUAGUCAGACGCAACACAGACGGUAAAGAGAUCAGAUACAUCACUGAGCUCACAGCUGAUGAGAAAAAGUGUGCGACUAAUAUCUGCAAGGCUUUCAAGCAGAAUAUAUGUGGAUUUGACCUCUUGAGAUACGACGACAAGGCUUUCGUCAUUGAUGUGAAUGGAUGGAGCUUUGUGAAAGGUAACGACUACUACUACGAUAAAUGUGCAGAAAUAUUGUCAACAUUCUGCAGGAAAACUGCUCCUAAACGUCCACUCACAGCUGUACACAAUGGUAGUCCGAGAGAUAAGGGUAGUUGGAAACUCAAAGCAAAUGCAACAGUAGUCAGACACGCCGAUCGCACUCCAAAACAGAAGAUCAAGUUUAGUUUUCAAGCUUCCGAGAAAUGGGCACAGCCUUUCAUACGCUUAUUGAGAGGAGCGACUGAAGAAGUCAUCUUGAGACGUGCGGAACAACUCAACUACAUCACUGAAGCUGCUGAUGAAGCCGUCAAGCUUGGUUGUAAUGAGCUUGAGAAACUUGAACAGCUACGUAUAGUCAUAUCCAAGAAGAUUGGUUUACCUGGUACGAAAGCGCAAUUAAAACCGAAUUUCAACAAAAAUGAUGGUAUCACUCUUGAGAAAUUAGCUCUUGUGUUCAAGUGGGGCGGUGAAUUCACUCAUGCUGCCAGGUACCAGUCUCGAGACCUUGGAUUUAGUUUCAGGGGUGAUGCGAUGAUAAUGAACAAGGAUAUGCUGGAGAACUGCAAGAUUUAUUCUAGCUCCGAAAGGCGUGUGUUGGCAUCAGCUGAAAUAUUCGCUGCCGCGUUCCUCGAAGAUCCUGAGAAGAGAAAGGAGGGCAAAGAGCCAAUAACACAUCCACUUAUAGUCAGGAAGGAUCUUCUCGACGACAGCAACGCAGGCAAAGAAUUGAUGGAUUUUGUUAAAAAGAAGCUCAAGACUUUGUUGCGUCCAGGCGAGAAAGAAAAGCGUCCUCAAUUUCAGUGGCCAAAGGAUCUUAAAGGCGAGCCCGUAGAAGUUGUGGCUGAGAUUAUCGAAUUGAUGAGAUAUCACCGCGACGUCAUGAGAUCAAAUUUCGAGACGCUCGACGUUGACAAUAUCCAGACGAGGUGGUGUUGUAAUGAGCAUCCUUUACUUUUCAAGGAGAGAUGGGAGAAACUAUUCAGUGAUUUCUGCGAAAGCACGACUCAGGAAAAGUUUGACCCUUCGCGUAUCUCUGAACUUUACGAUUCGCUGAAAUACGACAGUUUGCAUAAUAGUAUAUUCCUCAAUACUAUCUUUAGACCUAAUGGUCAGCAAGAUCCUAGUGAUAGACGCUUGCAUAGUCUCUACGGCCAUGCCAAGGCCCUCUUCGAUCUCAUUGCACCACAAGAAUAUGGUAUUGAGCCAGAAGAGAAGGAGAAGAUUGGUAUUUUGACGUCUCUUCCACUGCUCAAGAAAAUAGUGAAUGAUUUACAAGAAGCUAGAGAUGCUGAAAAGGGGUCUUUUUCCAUCUACUUCACAAAAGAGUCACAUAUUCACACUCUCGUACAACUGGUAUUAUGUAGUGGUCUACCAAUUACAAUGCCUCAUGUCCCGGAAUUGGACUAUGUCGCGCAUCUCACUUUGGAGCUCUACGAAAGGAGCAUAGGAAGUGCUCACCGUGAGAAGGAGUAUUCGAUCAGACUGGCGCUUAGUGGAGGAGCGCACACUUCCAAUGUUCUCGACUCCCAACUCGACGCCAAGCAUUCACUGAACGUCCAACCAAGGAGACAGCUAACACAUCAUCUUGACUACGAUUACGCCAUACAGAUGCUCUCCAGACACUUUGAUAAGGACUGGGUAUUCUCUACUACGCCGCUCGAAGGCGAUGCGCUGUACGGAAUCAAGCCUGACCAUAUUGAGCAGAUCAGAGAGGUGAGGUUGAACGGCGGUGCUAGUACACCUAAGAAGUAUCUUGAGAGUGGCACUGAUGAUGGCGCUUCUACCAAGUCGUCAAAUAACUCUCACUCCUCGCAUUGA